AUGAAUCAGAAAUUACUUCCGUUUCAUAGACAAAAUUCAUUUAACUUUAAUUUUUCGUGUACACAUAUUGGAGGCAAGGUGUGGAAUCAGUCCAGACAUAUAAAAUAUAUUAUAGUUUGUAAUCCUCUGUAUACAUCUAUACUAACCAGUGCCAGGAUCAUCAAAACUGGGCUGGGGAUUUUAGUUAGGAGUUUCAUGUUCAUCAUUGCUCCCAUAGUCCGCCUAAAGUUUUUUCACUACUGCCAUUCCCGUGUCCUCUCCCACUCUUUCUGUCUACAUCAAGACCUACUGAGACUAGCCUGCUCUGACAUCCGCUUCAACAGUUUCUAUGCCUUGGCUCUGGUGAUUUGUAUACUUUUGUCUGAUUCUCUGUUAAUUCUCAUAUCCUACAUUCUGAUCCUGCACUCUGUUUUGGCUACUGCAUCCCGGGAGGAGCGACUCAAGACUUUGCAGACCUGUGUCUCCCACAUCAGUGCCGUCCUGGUUUUCUACAUCCCAAUCAUUGGCCUGACCAUGGUGCACCACUUUGGGAAGCACCUCUCUCCUGUGGUCCACGUCCUCAUGGGCAACAUCUACAUCAUCUUCCCUCCCCUGAUGAACCCCAUCAUCUAUAGUGUCAAGACCCAGCAAAUCUAUAUAGUAGAAUCCAGGGACGGUUCACUAAGAAAUUCUGAAGUUAAUUGUGAUUUAGAGAAUGUGGUGGGUUGCCGCAGAGAAGCCCCCUGCGCCGGGCAGCCCCAGAAGUACUUGCUAGAGCCUAGCACACCCCCGUGUGUGGCGGCGGACGAGUCCCUCACUUUGGGAGGAACCAGAACUGCUUGCCAGAGCCGCACACCCCACAGGCAGCAGAGAAGAACCCCUCCCCAGGGCUCUGGGCAGGUCCAGAAAUUGUUGCUAGAGCUGCAAGCCUCCCGCAGGCAGCGGAUGGCCGGAGUGGGUUCCCCUGCUCCGGGCAGCCACAGAAGUACUUGUUAG